GUAACAUAUCAGCUGCUUCACAGUUCGCACGCAUUGACCGCUGUGCUCAGAAAUCAGAAUCCGCGAAUCUCGUGCCUUUCGACUCUGGACCCACUGCAUGCACAUUCGGAGUUUGCCAGUUCGGACUUGGCAAGAGCGCAAAUCUCACGUCAAUAAAUCGCAGUAUUUAUAUUUCGCGCAGUUAGACGAGCCCUUGCGGUAUUUAAAGGUCCUUAAGUAAGAAAUACACAAUUCUAGUCGACGUUUUGCGCAGUUUGAGCUUGUACUACUAACGUCGCUACUAACUGUCAAAUACCCCAAGACGACGUCUUGGAAUUUAUUUCUAUUUAUAUUAUUUAUUUGGAUUUCCGAGCAGUGCACUCGUUAUCGAUUUUCUUCAGUUCCUGCCUCAGUCAUGAGUAUAUAACCUAUUUGUGCAAAUUAAAAUAGCAUACAGAGAUUAGUGACGAUCCCUGACUCGACAAAGUUCCAUUUUCAUUGCAAUUUAAAUGAAAAUGAUUUUAAAUCGUGGAGUUAGAUUUGUCCAAUUGCUGCGAAAGUCUCUCAAUGCCGACGUAUCUAGCACGACUACUCGAAUGGCCACUACGUCGCCGUCGGGUGCGAUUUUACCCGAGCCAAGGAAACCACGAUUUGGCUACUUGGGAGUCAUUUGCGCUGUUUCAACUGGUCUCUUCAUAGGAGCCAAUUUAAGUAAGAAUAUUGCCAAUUUUUUGGAAGAAAACGAGUUAUUCGUACCUUCGGACGAUGACGACGAUGAUUGAACUACACCACUAUCUAUCACUUAUUAUUAAGAUUCUUCCUGCUCUCAAAAAUGUCUGUCAUAAACACAAAUUUUUACUAAAUAGAUGAAUUAAAUCUGUCAGCUGAGCAAAUGUAUUUAUUUCAAUUAAAAUAAUUGGAAAAUCUGUAAUACUUUAUUAACAAAUAUAUAUUUAUGUAUAUAAGAUUAGUAUCAAAGUAUAAUUAUAUGACUUAUUAACAUUUAAGAAUAUUAAUUGUUAUUAAUUACAUUAUAAUAUUGUACAGUACAUUAGUGUAUUGGAUUUGUGAUCAUUAAAUGUUUAAUUUGAAAUAUUAAAGGCAAUCUCAAAUUCAUUAUUUUAA